GUGAGCGCAUUACUUGCGCCAGCCUGAGCCAAAGCGACGUCUUGGUGGACAACUGCACGAACAUCCCAGCCGGAUCGGCCUGUGAGCAACGCUGCCAGGAGGGGUACGCACCGGUCAAUGCCUCCGUCGCCGUAUACACCUGCGACAUGUCCGGUCAAAUCGCGAACGACGGCGCAAGUGUAUUCUGUGCAGCCGUCGCCUGCAACACCAGCGUGUCACUUCAGAAUGUGCUGCACACCUGCGAUGGUGUCCUGGCAAACCGCUCCUGCUAUGCCUACUGCCGCGACGGCUUCGAGCUCCAGCAGAAUGAGGUGCCAAUGUGGACAUGUGCCACUGAAGCCAGUGGCCUUGAAGCCGUCAGCGACGUGCCUGCCAUCGAUGGAUAUGCUCUCCGUGGUGUGCUUCCGGUCUGUGUGGCACUACCCUGCCUCUACAACAUUCCUUUCGGCUUCGAGUAUGUUCACAACUGCGACUCGACGCU